CUCUUCUUCCUUAACCAAGCCCCCAGACUCCGGAUACAACGAUUACGCUCAAAACCGAAAACCCGACUUGCAUCACGCGCCAAAGCUCGACCGCCGCCCCCCUCCCCCUCCAUCCGAUUAGAUCACCCCCCGCGUCUUGCACAUAUUCAAAGUACCUUAAUACCCGGCUUUCUGAUAGUCAGAACCCCGUUUCGCGUCGACGCGGUCGCGCGGCGAAAUCGGCACCCGUCCGUUCCCUCGUCCCCUUUGCCCCCUUUCCUUCGGAACGACUAUGUCGGACCACGAUCACACCCAGGACGUACACCACGACGCCGCCGGCCACGAACUCCACCACCAGCCGCCCCAGCCCGACGUCCUCCCCGGCGGCCCCGGGCCUGAUGGCACCGAGAGCCCCGCCUCUACUGCUAAGGAGCGAUCUUCCCUCUCGCUCGACCAGCGACGCGCCCUCCGCCGCUGGGCCAACGCGCAGACCAUCCGACCGAGCCACAAGGCCUGCAUCGACUGGUUCUAUAACCAGUACGGCCAGCACAUUUCCCAGUCCACCGUCUCCCACUCCCUGAGUCCCAAGUACUCCCGUCUCGAUGGCGACAACCCCCAGCUGAGCGGCUCACGUCUGCGCUUCGGCAACUGGCCCGAUGUUGAGAAGCUCGUCCUGCGCUGGUAUCAGCAGGUCCAGGCCACCGGCCGCCACCCCACCAACGAGGAGCUCGGCGAGAAGGCCAAGGCCAUCUUCACCGCCCUGCCACGAUACAAGGAAGAGACACCCCCCGAGUUCUCCCCCGGCUGGAUCCACCGCUUCAAGAAACGCUAUGGUCUGCUCAUCCGCCGCCAGCGUCGCCAUGGCGACAGUGGCAUCAACCCAGCCGAGGACAUCAGUUACCUCGCCGACUGUGUCCCGCGCCUCAUGGCUCUCUCCGCCGACACCAGCCCCACCGCCAUCCGUGAGGCCAUCCUCCGCUCCAUCGGCGUUGAGACGACCCUCCAGGUCUGCGCCCUCGUGCGCGACGAGGUUCUUCGCCGUCUGAGCGCCGGCACCGGCCCCGCGAACCCCAUCUCCCCUUCCUCUGCCGCUGCCGUACAGACGCCCGACCCUCACAGCGCCGACACCAGCAUGGUCCCGCCCCCAGGGACAGACACACCCAUGUAUGGCGACGAAGACCCGGACAUUGUGCUACAGAACGCACUGCGUCAGCUACAGCAGGAAGAGGCCGAGGCCGAGGCCACGGCUGCCGCGGCAAGGGAGGAGCGGGAGCAGCGCGAGCGCGCCCAGGGCACCGCCGCCGCUGCCCUCGCGACGCCUGCCAUCCAGAGGGCCACGUCCACCGCCUCGCGCUUCGUCCCCUCGACCCCCGAGCUCAACCUGACGCCCAUCAAGAACGACGACCCGGUCUCCGCCAACGAGCGCCCCUUGCGCUGCCCCUUUUGCGUAAACCAGAGGAUGCUCCGAACCAUCAAAGAGGCCGUCGAGCACAUGUCCACUCACGUUGUCGUCUGAUUUCACCACUUUUUGUUAUGCUGCAGAUGUUCGUAACGAAGGAACCUAA